AAUUAGGAGAAAAUAAAUUUGGAAGCAAUGGACAAGCUAAUGAUCUAAGCUUCCUCAAAUCUCUAGUCAACUGUAGCAACUUGAAGGAUUUAAUUGUAACGAGAAUAACUUAUGAGGAGUGUUACCUAUCUAUAUGGCCAAUCUCACAACAAACCUUGUUCAACUAGAUUUCAGUAAUAAUAAGAUAUAUGGAAGUAUUCCUCAAGGUAUUCAGACUCUUGUCGGUUUAACCAAACUUUUGUUGGGUUCAAACCAAUUGACAGGAAGUAUUCCUCCAGGUAUGGGGCUCCUUCAAAAUUUGGGAAUAUUAGAUUUGGUUGAAAACAAACUCGUUGGUCCAAUCCCUCCUUCAUUUGGUAACUUAACACGAUUGAUCCAACUCUAUUUAUCUGAUAAUGACUUAACAGGUUUAAUUCCAUUGAGUCUCGGAGACUGUAAGUCUUUGCAGGUCUUGGACCUACAUAUGAACAGACUAAGUGGUAGCAUACCCAAACAAGUUUUAGAACUUCCUGCUUUAUCAUUGAUGUUAAACUUAGCUAUUAACUCAUUUCCCGGUGCACUUCCUGUCGAAGUCGGGAAGUUAAAAAACCUUGAGGAGUUGUAUUUGUCUGAAAACAAAUUAUCCGGUGAAAUUCCAAGUGCCAUAGGCCAGUGUUCAAGCUUAAAAUAUCUAUAUAUGAAUAAUAACUUCUUCCGCGGAAACAUACCUCCAUCUUUUAUUUUUUUGAAAGGUCUUGAGGAAUUAUUUCUAUCUGACAAUAAUUUGUCUGGUAUGAUUCCGGAAGGCUUUGAGAAUCUAAGGAUGCUUAUCAAAAUGAAUUUGUCACGUAAUAAUUUGGAGGGAGCAGUACCCGAAGAAGGAGUGUUUAAUAACAUAACUGCAUUUUCAAUUGAGGGAAAUAGUAAGCUUUGUGGUGGUAUACCUAUUUUGAAGUUGCCGAAUUGUCCCAUCCCGAUAAAACCAAAUAUGGAGCAAACACAGGAGAAAUCAAAGCCUACCAAAGUUAUUAUUAUCAUCAUAGUUGUUGUGGUUUUAUUUUUAACUUUGAUCGUGUUUUCCACCAUUCUUUACUUGAUAAAGAAGUCAAAAACCAAGCUGCCUCCGACGCCUUUAGACGUGGGAAUACGCUUCAAAGCAGUUUCUUACAAUGCGCUUCUUAAAGCUACCAAUGAAUUUAACAAUUCAACCAAUUUGCUUGGUGUGGGAAGUUUUGGUUCUGUGUAUAGGGGAAUUCUUCAACAAAAUGAAUCAAAUCCUGUUGCAGUGAAAGUUCUACACCUUCAACAAAAAGGUGCAACCAAGAGUUUCAUGGCUGAAUGUAAUACUCUGAGGGAAAUUAGACAUAGAAAUUUACUCAAGAUUGUAACUGUUUGCUCGAGUACUGAUUUUCAAGGUAAUCCUUUCAGAGCCUUAGUUUUUGAGUUCAUGGUUAAUGGGAGUUUGGAGAGUUGGUUGCACCCAACUGUUUCACACAAUGAAGAUCAACUUCAAGAGAAGAAUUUGAACUUAGAGAGAAGGUUGAACAUUGCAGUUGAUGUUGCUUCUGCACUAAAUUAUCUUCACCAUGAAUCUCAAUCACCCAUUGUGCAUUGUGAUGUGAAGCCAAGCAAUGUCCUUCUUGAUGAUGAUUUAACUGCCCAUGUGGGUGAUUUUGGCUUGGCUAAGUUCCUUAAUUUUAGUCCGUCUAGUAAUUCUAGACAGCUGAAUGAACAAGACGCAAGCUCAAUUGCAAUUAAGGGCUCAAUCGGUUAUGUUUCUCCAGAAUAUGGAAUGGGGGGAGAAGUGUCAACACAAGGUGAUGUAUAUAGCUAUGGGAUUCUUUUGUUAGAGAUGUUUACAGGAAAGAGGCCAACAGAUGACAUGUUUAAGGAUGGUACGAACAUUCAUAACUACUCUAAGACGCAUGAGUUGCCAGAGCGUGUUGAAGAGAUUAUUGAUUCACGCUUGAUGUUAGAAUUAAGAGAAGAUCACAACGAUGCUGAAAUUGUCACCUCCAGUAUGUUAAGGAACGAAAGAAGAAUCAUAGCUAGAGAUAAAAUGAGACAAAUUUUGGCUUCCGUAGUUCAGAUUGGAGUUAAAUGUUCUUCAGAGUUACCUUCAAACAGAAGCAGCAUGAAUGAGGUUGUUGUUGGUGUACAAACCGUUAAGAAUCAGUUUCAUGGUCUUGGAAGAUAAUCACAGUGCACGUAUAAUAUAAACCAAUUUGGAUGGAUGUUUUUGUUUUCAUGAAUUUCUAAUAUAGAAUCCUCUACUUCCGUGAGUUUUUAAUCAUCAUAAAAUUAUAUAAUAAAGCUUGUGCAAAAUGGGUAGGGUUAUUUGAAUUUUUGCAUGGUACCCAGUUUUGACCAGAGAACCUUAUUUUGGUAACGAGUGAAAUCUCCUUAAUUAUA